GUAUUAAAACCUUCCUCGCACAUAUAUGAACAGACGUAUUGAAACCUGAUUUUUAUUUUUGGAACACAAUCUUUGAAACCUGAUUGAAUACAAGACCUAACCUUUGCAAAAGAACGAUGUAUUCCUCUCCUGUGGGCACAGUCAAUAACCCAAUUUCACCAAUGUUUUUCUAUCCGAAACCCUUAAUUAGAUUGCCCACAAAAUUUCCACUUCAAGAGUGUCGCAGAAAUUUGCAGAUUUCUUUAAGAAACCCCAAAAGACUGCAUCUUUUCCACUGCCCACGAGCAAUUUUGCGGAAUCCCAAUACAAAUUCAGUGCCUUCUUUUGUAGAGAGCGACGACUUUGUUAAUCGGGUUUUAAGGACAAAUCCUAGCCGAGUGGAACCCAAGUAUUUGACUGGGAAUAGAUUGUAUACACAGAAAGAAAAGGACGAUUUGAGGAAAAAUGGUUUUGGUAACCGGUUUUUCAAUACAUUGAGGUGGUUGAAUUCGAAGGUAUUGAUGAGUGAAAAUGAUAAAGAGAGUGACCAAGGAAAUUUAAUGAAGUCUGAAGAGGAGGUUUAUUUGCCGGAUAUUUUGAGGGAAUAUAAAGGUAAACUUUAUGUUCCUAAACAGGUUUUCGGUGCUAGUUUAUCGGAAGAAAAGGAGUUUGAUAAGAAUAUGGAAGAGUUGCCAAAACUGAGAUAUAAUGAUUUUCGGAAAUACUUGAAGAGUGAUCAAGUAAAGCUGUUGAGUUUUAAGGAGGAUAGUGGGAUUUCUUAUGGUUAUAGGGAUUUUGUUGUGGAUUUGAAAGAAACACCAGGAGGAAAGAGCUUUCGCAACGCUAAAUGGGUGAUGAAGCUGGAUCAAAACCAGACGCAAGCUCUUUUGAAGGAGUACAAGGGGCCACGGUAUAAAAUUGAGAAGCAUGUGAUGGUAUUGAACCUCAUUUUUCUUUGUACUUUUGUUUUGGAUAGAACUUGCAUUGACAGGAGCAAAAUAGAAUGCAAUGAUGAAUAUGAAUAUAGGAUGCAAGAAACCUUAAAAAAUCGUAAAUCGUCGAAUCAACAUGAUAAUGAAUUGGCAAAAGAGGAUCAUAUCGAAUAUAGUAGUGAAAAAGCUCUAUUGGAAUUUUAUUUAUUUAUUUAUUUAUUUUUAUUUUUUUGUACGGAUGGACUGUUUUUUGGCCAUCUUAUCUGUAAAUUGAUUUCUUGCCUUCAGGGUUCAACUGGAGUCACAUUUAAUGAUGUGGCAGGGAUUGAGGUAGCAGUGGAAGAGCUCCAAGAGUUGGUAAGGUACCUGAAGGAUCCAGAACUAUUUGAUAAAAUGGGGAUAAAGCCUCCGCAUGGAGUUCUUCUUGAUGGACCACCUGGAUGUGGGAAGACCCUGGUUGCUAAAGCCAUAGCAGGUGAAGCUGGAGUUCCAUUUUACCAAAUGGCUGGACCCGAAUUUGUUGAAAUUUUGGUUGGUGCUGGUGCUGCUCGUAUCAGGGAUUUAUUCAUGAGAGCCAAGGUGAAUAAACCAUCGGUCAUUUUUAUUGAUGAAAUUGAUGCUCUGGGUGCAAGGCGGCAAGGAAUAUCCCGUGAAUCGAAGGACCACAUAAACAAUGCACAAACUCAAGAAAGGGAGACUACAUUGAACCAGCUGUUGGUGGAACUAGAUGGAUUUGAUACGAGCAAAGGUGUUAUAUUUUUGGGUGCCACCAACAGGAUGGAUUUGUUGGAUCCUGCACUUCUUCGUCCCGGUCGGUUUGAUCGUAAGAUAAAAGUUAAACCUCCAAAUGCAAAGGGAAGACUGGAAAUCCUAAAAGUACACGCCCGUAAAGUGAAAUUAUCAGAUACUGUUGAUCUGUCUAGUUAUGCCAAUAAUUUGCAAGGAUGGUCGGGUGCAAAGCUGGCACAACUACUUAAAGAGGCUGCUCUUAUUGCGGGGAGGAAAAGGUAUUUUGAGGAGGAGGAAAAGCACAACACAAUUUUGACGGAAGAUAUGGACGAAGCAGUUGACCGUCUUAGAAUUGGGCCAAAGCGUGUUGGAAUGAUUUUGAGUGAACAAGGUCAAACUCGCCGAGCUGCUGUAGAAGUGGGGGUUGCUUUGACGGCGCAUCUGCUUAGGCGUUUAGAGAAUGCUAAAGUUGAAUGUUGUGAUCGUGCGUCUAUUAUUCCUCGUGGAAAGACGAAGUCUCGAGUUUUAUUUCAUAGUCUUGAUGAAGACUUGUACAUCUUUGAGAGCCGGCCUCAAAUGUUACACCGUCUUCAGAUAAAACUUGGAGGCAGGGCUGCUGAAGAGGUCAUUUUUGGCCGUAAUAUUUCAAAUGCAUCAGUUGAGUACCAUGCGGAUGCAUCUCGGCUUGCUCAUGAGAUUGUUACUUUGUACGACUUUGAAAGAUCUCUUUAUGAUUACAGUAAUUUGAGUGCGCCUCCGUUAAACUUCAAUUUGGACAACGAAACUCACCGGAAGACAGAAAAGUUGACUCUCGAUAAGUAUGGAAAGACAGUUGCUAUGCUGAGAAUGCACAGUGCUGCUUUGUGUAAAACUAUUCAGGUUCUUCUCAAUCGGGAAGAAAUCACAGGGGAUGAUAUUGAGUUUAUCCUCGACAAUUAUCCUCCACAAACUCCCACUAAUCUAGUACUGGAUGAAAAAGAUCCCGGGAGUCUUCCAUACAUGAAGCAAAUGCAAGCACAGAGUAAAGAAUUAGACUACUUUAUUGACUUAAUGAAGAAGAAUGAAGCUUUUCGCUGAUAGAGCUAGCAAUUUCAGUGUAUCAUAAAUAGUUAGGGAGGCUGUAAAUAGGCGAGUUACUGAUUAUUUAACUGAUUCAUACUGUAGAAACAUACAUGCGCACUUGUGUGUAGAUAAACGAUGCAAUAUAUACUAUGAUAUGCGGGUAAAAACCCAA